AUGAAACUCUUAUUUUUUUUGUUGACGGUCCUGUCAUGGGCAAACGAAGUUCUGGGAAGGGCUGUUUUUGCCCAUUUCAUGGUUGGCAACACGGAGCACUAUUCAGGAUCUGACUGGAUUGACGACAUCAAACUGGCCCAAGAAGCCCAUAUUGAUGCCUUCGCCCUCAAUAUGGCCCGAGGGGAGCCAAUGAACGCCAAAGCCAUUGCAGACGCCUUCUCAAACGCCGAGGCACAAGGUUUCAAGCUCUUCUUCUCCUUUGACUACGCCGGCCGCGGUCCCUUUUCGAAAGACGAGGUAGUCUCAUGGAUCAACAAAUACGCCCCUAGCAGUGCCUACUUCCGGCACCAGGGGAAGCCCCUUGUCUCGACCUUCGAAGGCCCUGACCAGGCUGAAGAUUGGCACGACAUCAAAGCAAUAACCAAUUGCUUUUUUGUGCCGGACUGGUCGUCUUUGGGCGCAGGUCCUGCUGUAAGAGCAGCUGGCGGUGUUGCAGAUGGCCUCUUCAGCUGGGCCGGCUGGCCAUGGGGAGCUCAGGAUAUGGAAACCUACGUUGACGCCUCGUAUAUGGAGGCUCUAGGGGGCAAGCCAUACAUGAUGCCCGUCUCCCCAUGGUUCUAUACCAAUCUUCCUGGAUACAGCAAGAACUGGCUGUGGCGUGGCGAUCAUCUAUGGUAUGACCGCUGGAUCCAGGUCAACACCCUUUUGCCUGAAUUCGUUCAGAUCAUUUCAUGGAAUGACUACGGAGAGAGUCAUCACAUCGGGCCCAUUCGAGAUCACGCUCUUGUCGCUUUCGAUAAAGAUUCAGGCAAGGCCCCUUUCCUAUACUCACUCGAUCAUCACGGCUGGCGCGUCCUCCUUCCAUUCGCUAUUGAUCGAUACAAGAACAACAAGGCAGUUGUAACCUACGAAGGUGUUUCUUUCUGGUACCGCCCUACGCCCAAGCAGGCCUGUGGUACAGGCGGAACAACAGGCAACACUGUUUCACAACUGCAGAUGGAGUUCCAACCUUACGACAUCAUUGACGAUUCAGUCUUUUUUACUGUUCUUGCUACUGAGUCUGUGAAGGUUACGGUGUCUAUUGGAGGCGCAGAGUCUCAGGGUGUGUUGCGAGAUCUUCCUGACGGCGGCGUCGGCCUUUACCACGGAAGUGCGCCUUUUAACGGCCGAACUGGCGAUGUCAAGAUCACGGUAUGGCGCAAAGAUGUACUCAUUGCUGAUCAAUCCGGCCCUGCAAUCAAGAAUGAUUGUCGCAACGGUAUCACAGGCUUUGACGCAUGGGCUGGGGGGCGUCUGACCUCCAAGGCCUCAAGACCGGUUAGCACCCCAUCCCUCGAGGACGAGGUUUGCGUCAGGGGCACCGGUGCCAACGACUUCGACGUUAUUUGCAGAGCUACCUGCUACUUGGGAUACUGCCCCAAGUCUGCAUGCGUCUGCAGGGCUACUGGUGCCCAGGUCAAGCUCCCGCCUGAAGUCCCUGGUGAAGUGUUCCCAGCCGAGGGCUUGAACUCCAAUUACAUCGGACUUUGCAACUUUGCUUGCCUUUACGGCGCUUGCUUCUCGUCCUACUGCGGUAAAACGAAGUAUCCCCUGAUCGAGCCGACCGUGUCACCUUUCAACCCCCCCUCUUGCACUUCAGGCACUGGCGACGGAGACUGGUCGGUCCUUUGCAACUUCGCCUGUCGCCACGGCUUUUGCCCAAUCUCCAGGUGCAAGUGUACGAGCCAGGGACCCCUCAGCCUACUGAACCCGACCCAACAGACCAAGGCUGUAAGCCGCAUUGGCGAGGACCAUGGUCUCUGCGCUUUUGCCUGCUCGAGGGGCUUGUGUCCCAAGCAGGCCUGCGACGCCAACGACGGCGAGCAACAAGAGCAAACCAACCCCCCAGUGGACCAGAUUGAGAUGCCACACCUCGAUAGGGACUGCUACAUGUUCCCCGAAUGCGUUGACCUCGACAAUCCCCAGGCAUCCAGCUGCAGCAGCGGUCAUACACGUGUCUCGUUCGACAGAGGCUCUUGCUCAGGGCGCUAUGGACGACCCAUUUGUUGCAAGAACACUGUUCUUCCGUUGAAAUGCACGUGGCGAGGCAGCGGGGCUGAUUGCAAUGGGCAAUGCCACAAGGGAGAAGUCACCCUCUUCGAAUCUCGAACGGGAGGCAAUCCUGGAGAGAGCGGCGACACGGCAUGCAACCGUGGACAUAAGACCUUUUGCUGCGAGCUCAAGAUUUUCAAGGAAUUGACCAGUCAAUGUCGCUGGACUGAAUGCUCUGGGGGAUGCACGUCCGACGAAAGUCUAGUUGCACAGAGAACAGAGAACAGCUGUCUGCUUGCUACAACACCGCUCAAGUACUGCUGCAAGAAUUCUCCGCCUCCUCUCUCAAACUGCCACUGGGUCGGCCAGGGUGAUUGUGCGGACAACAACUGCAACAAUAAGGAGGUUACUUUGCUUCUGGAUUCGGUCGGCCUACUUGGUGGGGCUUGUGCUUGGUGGAGGCAGAAGACUCUCUGCUGCACGCCGGAAGAGGCCGUCUUGGGAAACGGACAAUGUCCCGCACCGAGUUGCACAUCAGAGGCAGAAGAAGGUUGCGCUCCUGAUGAAUGGGGUUCGGAUCAGCCCGAGGACGACUGCGAAGAUGACGACUGCGAACACGACGAGCUUCGCAGAGACGUGGUGGCCGUGCCUCAAGACUUUUCUCUGGCUGGCCUAGCCUUCGAGGAAAGGUCACUCCUCGAGGCCAGGGGGGAGAAAAGGCGGCCAUUCGAAGUGCAUUUGAUCGACCUAUUGAUGGCUGCUAUAACGAUCAAGCUCGAAGCUAGAAGGUAUCCUGGUUCGGGAUCGCUUCAUGACCAGCCUGGGGCCUCGGACAACGUAUUUCAGCAGGGUCCUGGAUGUGGCAAUCCUGACAUCCUCGUGACUAAACGCGAUCCAAAAGCUACAAAGACAGCCGUAGGGUUGAAACUCGACACAGAGCACAACCCCGAUCUUCUACUAACGGAUGAGAAAAAGCUUCAAUACAUACCUGAGUUCUUAAGAUUUGUAUCCAGCGGCGAUCUCCCGAAUGGGAAGAAAUCCAUUUUCGGGCGGAUAGAUGCCAAGGAUAUAAAGGAGAAUUGGACCAAAAAGCUCUCCGCCUUCCCGAAGUCGGGCAAGAGCCAAAAGAUUUACACACCACAAGACUGGCUGUUUGAACAGUUUGGCUCUACCGGAAACCGAAAACCUUUGCUUCUCUGCGAGAAGACAUUGAACAACAUGAAGGGAAACAUCUUCGAAGGCAAUGACAUGGCAGACGAAGGCAAAAUGACACGGUGGCAACGAAGCGCGUUAUCAGGUGACGUAGCUGCACAAAAUGAAUUUUUUAACAGAGUGGCCAGAGCAAUGGCGGUGUGGAACUACCUGAACCACCCAGACGUUUUACCUACGGUCCAGGACAAUCGGCAGAAUCUCUUUGAUGCAGCUCGACUUAUCGCGCAGAGGGUCCCAGAGUUUGCGACCCUGGAAGUUCUCAUGAUGGAGUUCGAUGAAGCUUGGUACGAACACGCAGCUGAGAGAACCCGCUUGUGGGUGGACGAGAUGCUGGAUGAGAUGGAACGCGGCCUUGCUCCCCUGAUACUCUCCGGCCGGGCACCACCCAACACAGCUGUCAUUACCGCCUUGAUAGCAAGCCUCAGAAAUCGAAGAGGAGACAUAAGGGCGCCGCCACGCAAGAAGAAACCGUAG